AUGACCACCCACCGCCACCACCAUCACACCUUGAACUUUGGCCCUACCUCUGAAUCUGCUUCCUGGUGGCCACACGAGACGAUCUUCAUGGUCGCCGCCGCUGGGUUCCCUCCGAAAGUCAUUCCGUCCAUCCAGUACCUGUUGCCUCCACAAUAUCGAUACUCUCUCGUCGAUGCCAAAAGCUCUGCAGAGCUCUGUGAAGCGCUCAUCCACACCGUGCUUGGAUGGUUCUCUUUCUACCAAGCUGGAUACUUACAUCGGGAUAUCAGCAUCAGGACCGUGUUUCUCUGUCCGAGUCCUGCUGAACAGCGCGCCUUUGAGAUCUCUGCAGACUUCCAUCAGACCGCCACGAAAUCGGUUGAAGAUUUGACGCUGCUCCUCAAAGGAAUUUUAGUCGAUGAAUGCUCCUAUCAGUUGAACGACAUCGAGGAGAAGAUCAUGCGGGUCGAGCAACUCGUGCAAGAGCUGGGCGUGACGACCACUUGCAGCGCCUUCAUUAUCGACAGCGAUAUGGCUAUUCCUUGGGAGACCUGUUUGGACUCUGGGCGUGACAAUCAAGAAAUAUUAGGUAACCCAGAAUUCGUGUCCUCGCAGUUCGCCCAGUCCAUGGAGGACGGUACCAAGUAUCUCCAGUCCCCUGUCGACGAUCUUUUUUCCAUCUACUGGGUGGCGUUGUGGGCGAUCCUCAACAACGUCCAUACCAAACAGUCUGAAGAUGAGCUCUGGUGGAGAAUGAAGAUCACAAAGGGGAGUGAGGCUAGGGCUGCUGCUUCCGUGAACAUCUGCGGCCUCGUAGAUCCAGAAGAAACGUCACACAGUCCUAUCGUGCAACAGUGGUCGCCGGUUCUGGAUUCUUGGUUUCAGUCCCUUGACAGGUUGGACAAGGACUGGAGACGCCAGGACGCCAGGCUCUCUCGUCGACUGAAUUCAAGAGCAGACUUCUACCUUCCUCUUUUCCACUACUUCGCCCUUCGCGGUGUUGCUGACUUUUUGGAGAUGAUCAAACCCCACUAUACCCGACUUCGUACUUGCCUGCCUUUUGCAUAA